UGAAACUGCCCUUUUCCCCAUCGCCUUUUACCGAGGGUAGGGGGUGUGCAUAGGCAGAAAUCAACCUAUGCUUAAAACUUUCUUUAGGGAAAGUUUAUACUUACAUCUUUUUGUGUUUUAAUCCGCUACUCAUUCGCUUUUUUGAAACACCGAGUUUCUUUCCCCCACUUAAUUUUUUAUCGUUUUGUAGGCAGUAACUUGAGCAAAGAUGAUUGAUACAGUAACAGGACCUGGAGCACAGCCCUUUGCAGUUCAGCUGAAGGCCCUUACAGAUCUGGAGGGCCGAUACCAACCAAAGCUGAGUGGUUUGAGGCUGAUUGAGGGAGCCCAAGACAAUGGCCUCAGGAUGACCACUAGACUGAGGGAGCUGGAAGUGAAGGACCUGCUGUCUCUGACCAGGUUCUUUGGUUUCAGUUCUGAGACCUUCUCCCUGGCCAUCAGCUUGUUGGAUCGGUUCCUCUCAGUAAUGAAGAUUCAACCAAAGCACCUGUCCUGUGUGGGCCUCUGCUGCUUCUACAUUGCUGUGAAGUCCUCAGAGGAGGAGAAAAAUGUGCCUCUGGCCAACGACCUGAUCCGCAUCAGCCAGAAUCGCUUCACUGUGUCUGACAUGAUGAGGAUGGAGAAGAUCAUCAUGGAGAAGCUCUACUGGAAGGUGAAGGCCCCCACAGCUCUGCGUUUUCUCCGCCUUCUUCACAGCCACAUCCAGGAGCAGCUUGACACGGAGAGUAAGAUGAUCCUGAGUCUUGAGAGGCUGGAGUCUCAGCUGAAGGCCUGUCACUGCUCAUUUGUCUUCUCCAAAGUAAAGCCAUCUCUGCUCGCCAUGGCUCUCCUGAGUUUUGAGGCCCAAGAACAACAUGACCCCAUACACACUGACAAAAUAUCAGAGAUUCUGACAAGUCUGCAGCAGCUGCUGAAUAUCAAAGAUGGAGACCUGCUCUGUGCACGUGAGCUAGCUGGAAAAUGCCUGACUGAAUACGCCACCACUAAGUGCUCAAAACCCAACAGCCAAAGGCUACGCUGGAUUAUUUCAGGAAGAACCGCACGUCAGCUAAAACACAGCUACUACAAGAUCACUCAUCUUCCCACCAUACCCGAGUCAGCUUGCUAAAACCUAGGCGUUUGAGUGGGUGACCUUACAAAUCCCUAAAUUACCUCUGUUGUCUAAUUGGCUGCAUCUUUUUUUCGGUAGGGUCACCCAAAGCUCUAGUUACAUUCCUUACAGAAAUUUACCUGUAAUUUCUGUAAGGAAAAAGCUAAAUGGUAAUUUGUCUCACAUUUUGAAUCAAGCACACUGUAUCUUAUCUUCCCCAUUGACAAGGAGUACUGUUUGUCAGACAGGUUAAUGUAGUGUCAUACUGCCAAUUUUUGCUUUCCUGGCUGAGUUGCUUGCACAAGUGUACAGUAUGUUCUUGUUAAAAUCCGUACCCAGAUGUUUGGUAAUUCCUGGGAAGGGUUGCUGGUUUUAAGCUAAUAAGUAAAGAACCACCUAGGUCCUCAGUCCACCAUGUGGAAGAGGAGGGAGAAGGAUUUUGUGAAUAGUAAAAAUGGAACCAAGAAAUCGGGCCCGGAAUCCUUAACUCCCACCCUAGGUUGCUAAGCUGUCCUGAAUGCACACUCCUACCCAAGGUGAUUUUUUUUUAUUUUGAUAUGGCAAGGGAGCUCUCCGGGGAUAUCUCCACGAUCCCAUCAUGUAUGGUUAGCCAUACUGUUUAAGCUGAAAUGGCAUCAACAGUUACAGAUGAGUUUUUUUCACUGACAAUCUUGUGGGCACUGAGUGAAGAACCACAUGUAUUGAUUGGUUUUAGUUUUCAAUUCUUCAAAGAACAGUAAAGGGGUGAUUGCAGUGGAAAUUUGAUUUGAAAUGUGAAUUUUCUUUUCCAGUUUCCCUGAUUAAGUUCCUUUUUUUUAGUGACAAAUCUGUUCUCAUGGUUAAUUGAAUACACCAUCUGGUUAACUUAUGUACUUGCACCUUUCAAUAAAGACUUUAUUGAAAAGCUA